UGCAUUAGUCGAAGUUGGUGUGAUUUUUGUCUGCACCAUGGAUCACAGAGACAGUGUUAAUGCUGAUCCUGAUAUGUUGACUGGCUCUGAAGGCCGCUGUCGGAGAUGGAGGAAUCAAAGCGGGUUUUGGUUGCUAGGUCUGUGUAAUAACUUUGCCUACGUGGUGAUGUUAAGUGCCGCUCAUGACAUUUUAAAACAACAGGAGUCUCAGAAUGCAACAAUGCCGACCCCAGGCCCCGUACCCUCAGACGGUGGGAACAGCAGCAACAGUAGCCGCUAUGACUGCAACCCUGUGUCUACUGCAGCUGUUCUUCUGGCUGACAUCUUGCCCACUCUACUGAUCAAACUGACAGCGCCAUUUUUCAUACACAAAGUGCCUUAUGGUUUCCGUAUUCUGGGGUGUGUCGCUACGGCAAUGACAAGCUUCUUGGUGGUGUCAUUUUCUUCAACUGUGUGGAUGAGCAUAUUAGGUGUGAUCUUUGCCAGUGUGAGUUCAGGACUGGGCGAGCUCUCCUUCCUCUCUCUCACGGUCUAUUUCAGCAGUGAUGUGCUGAGCGGAUGGGGAUCAGGUACAGGAGGCGCAGGAGUUGCCGGCGCUGUUCUUUAUUCUGCUUUUACACAAGCUGGACUUUCACCCCAAGCCACGCUGCUGAUCAUGCUACUCAUCCCUGCUGUUCUGAUGAUCAGUUACUUCCGCCUUUUAGACUUCCCUCCAUCGUUCCCACAGUGGAGGUCUGGGGAAGACGUUCAGGAACGGCGGCCCUUAAUAGUGGACGAUAACGAUGAAGACAGUGUUCGAGAUGUGAACGGGAAAGAUAACUCUGCUGGAAAUGCUUUCUCCUUCCUGACAGAGGACCAAUGCACCGAACCCCUGACCUUCUUAGACAGACUUCACAUCCUGAAACGUCUGCUAAAGUUUACUGUGCCUCUAUGCGUGGUCUACUUUGCUGAAUAUUUCAUUAACCAGGGAUUGCUGGAGUUGCUCUACUUCCCUGCUUCCAGUUUGUCUCACGCAGAACAGUACCGCUGGUAUCAGACUCUGUACCAGAUCGGUGUGUUCAUAUCCCGCACCUCGCUCUACUGCGUUAAGACCAGGAGAAUCUGGGUGCUUUCUUUGUUGCAGUGUGUGAACGCAGUGGUGCUGCUUAUUUCGGUGUAUUACCGGUUCUGGCCAAAUGUUUGGGUUGUGUUUGUAAUAGUUCUGUAUGAAGGUUUGCUGGGAGGAGCUGCCUACGUUAACAUCUUCUACUUAAUCAGAGUUGAGACUGCGGAACAUGAGCGGGAAUUUGCGAUGGCUGCAGCAAGUGUUGGAGACAGUAUAGGCAUUGCUCUUUCUGCAGCACCAGCCAUCCCUAUACACGACUACUUCUGCUCUCUGUGAGGGGCAGAGGCUUCGCUCACACAACACGUUGUGUACAUGGCUGCUGGGAAAAGAACACGCAAUGCAAUUAAGGCUGUGGUUGGUCUGUACAAAUGCUCAAGCUGAUUCAUUCCAAGAUGGAUGACUUUGAGGAACAAACCCCAGUGGGUACGUGAGCUUUUAAGCUCGCAACAGUGUUUCUGUCUUCACACAACUCUCGCAGAUGUCGUCUCCAUGUUAAGUAUGCUGGUGGUAUACUUCAAACGAUGGAAGAUUUAUGUAGUGUAUCUUUUCUAGAAUAUUCACAGCUAGGCUGAGCAAACCUCAUAGCAUUGCAGUGUUGCCAGGUCACUUUUGCCACAGACAACUCCAUUUUGACAAUUCCCACCCAGCUACCAACCCCAAAGGGUAUAGACUAGCAUGUGCUUCCGCUGAGACACGUGAAGCCAGCCAACUGCAUCUUGUUUUUUGUUUGAUUUUUUUUUUUACAACUGCUGCUCCUGCUGCAUUACAUGGCAGCGUAACACACACUGAGGAAAGCGCUAUCCGUCCGCUUCAACGUACAUGACUCACAUGAUAAGCUUAGUGUCAGUGUGAUUAUCUCCUGAUACUAGGGCGAACGAUUUUCUGUUGCCUCACACCGGAUCCUCUCAGAUAUAUUACAAAAAUUUUCAAUUUUGAACUGUAGCCCGUUGAAAUAUUUUUAACAUAUCUUAAAUAUUGCAGUGCGUUUUGCAAUACUAGCCAUGACGUUAGUCUUUAAAAGGCAACGAGUUUGGAGGAGGCCUAUUUUGAGUAUUCGGCUCUUUUUAUGCUGCUUUUUAAAGCGGACCUGGCAACCACAUCAAACUGAACAAUAAUCGAGGCACAAAUGCUUCAGGCAGAGAUAUCACUUGGUUCAUUUUGCAAAGCAAAACCUGAUAUUUUGUCAAAUGCAAUGCAAAGUAAUGCUUAAGAUUUAAUGACAAACAAUCACAGGUCAAAAUAUUGCACAAUAUUUCCUGGUUUAGAAAAAAACUGGCAUUGAUUUUACAUUUGAGAAAGAGAAAUGUUGCAGCUUUCUCACUCAAAAUACAAACUUUUUGGUUUAAAGUAUACCACUAGCUUUAAGCAGUGAGAGGUUGGCUGGAGCGAAAGACAUCAUGGAGGCAGGGUACUGACAUACGAACUUUGCUCGUGCAUUAUUUUCCUUUGGCCUAUUUCCUGGCUCAGAAAUGCACUUCUGAUUUUAACUGUGAUUUUAAACAUGACUAUUAUUAACACAGAAUUUUUAGUGUGAAAUAAUGUGUGCUUGUGAGACAAACAUUUCCACAUUAACCUGUUUCUGUCUCUGGUAAUGCCGAGUGUCUGUUAAUAAUUAUAACGACUUCCUGAAUGCUGUUCUAAAUCAUAGCCUUUGUAACUGAUUUCUCCUAUAGCCUGACAUGCCAAACAAUCCACUGCUGACAUGCCAAACAAAACAUGUAUUAAAAAAAUUAAGGUCAUUAGAAGCCUGAACGACUUUAAACAGUAUUUUCCCUUGAGUGUUAUUUUAAUUUGGAUUGUGCUGCACCACUUACUUGAGCUUAAAAACCAUUAAAACCUUAAUCUCUGAUUAAAACAUUGACCAGGAUUAAUUCUGAUUUUUCAACAUGAUUGAAUAUCCAAUCUAAAAAAAAAAAAAAGUACACAAGGACAAUGGUUUUUUUUUGAUUGAAAACUGGCAUAACAUUUAAUUUUUUUUAAAAAAAAAAUUGAGUCUAGGUGUAAAGUAGUGAAGCAUCAGGAUUAAAUUGAACCUAGUUUACUGUAGGACUAAAACCAGAAUUAAAUGGUUUAAUGCAAUUCUAAUUCAGUUUGGGGCAAGUGGAUUAAUAGAGAUCCAUUCAAUCCAGGUUUACGCUUUGUUGGUGCAAUGUAGUCUAAAGGUACUAGCUCUAGGUUUCUGUAAUUUUCUUAUUUUGAAAAUAAAUUUUAUAUAAAAAAUUUAUUUGUUGUUGUUGUUGUUGUUACUAUAUCAUUAUUUACAUAAUCAUCACUUUUGUUUGUGUAUUGAUCCAGCAAAUCUUUAAAAGUAAAGAGGUCUGAAUGAAAUAGUUUUUUGGAUAUACAGUGAAAAGAAACCUAUUUGCAGUCUGC